AACUUGCACUGGAACAUCCAAAAGAUACCAGCUCUGCAAAGUACAGGAGUGCCCUGCAAACGGAAGGAGCUUUCGAGAGGAGCAGUGUUCAUCAUUUAACUCCCAUGUGUAUAAUGGCAGAACAUAUCAAUGGAAACCUUUAUAUCCUGGUAACAAGACAUUCUUUGUGUGUUUCAUAAUGCUUAGCCAAAUAUUUUGAUAGUUAUGAUGCUAUAGCCUGCAGGAAGGCUCCUCCUCUGCUGUUUUAAAGUGAUUUUUCAGAGACACAAUCAACUGUCUCCCAAGCUCAAAGGCACAUUUUGCAGCUGCAGUGUAGCUUAAAAAUAAAAUAACAACAUGAAUUUGUGGCUGUAGCCUGUGUAGGUCGCAUCCCUUGAGGACCAGAGAGCUGAAAGGCUAAAGGAGGAUGUGGGAGCGUGGGCUGAUGGGCUGCGCUGGUAGGGAGAGUCUGGCUCACCCAAACAAGUGUCCUUAGAGCUGGGGCCAUUGCUGGCUGUGUUGUGUUUUGGUGGCACUUACUCACUCCACACCCUUCAUGUGCUCUGCCAGAUGUCGCUGAGAUGCAGUCAGUUGGCUUGGUCACCCGGGUGAGCAGCACAGAGCUGCAGAAAGCUCGUGGGGGUCAGAAUGAGAUCUCUGUUUAAUUUUUAGGCACAAAACUCCCAUCAAAAUUGAGCACUAAAAAAAUCAUGGCCAAUUUUUAGAGGUGUUGGGAGCCCUGGAUCCUGCUCCCAAGGAGGCAGCUCCCAAGUGCUGGUUCUCCAGGUUCACAGUGCUAUUUGGGUGUCUAAAAACAGAGAUGGGAUCUAAUGUGACUUUCUUAUUUUAGGGGUUUCUGUAGAUGCCUAAGAACAAAACUAUGCUUCAUUAAAUUCCUUGUUGCCUCCUUCUAUGUGAAACAAGCCCCUGUCUUGCCAGCCUUUUUGGCAGGGUCAGCGUGAUAGGACUUGGCUCAUGGUAGCCUGCUUGGCUAUAGCUGCUUGGCUGCUUUGUCCCUUUCCUAUAGCAAGGGGACAGUUUCUUUAAACACACUUGCUCUUUGAGAUGAUUCACCAGAACAGUUACAGUGAAUUGUUUUGUGUUUUAGCAGGCGUUCACGUGGCUCCUGGGGGAUUUGCAGGAUAAGUUUUGACACUGAUGCUGUCUUGCUUGGGCACACAGGCCAGUGGGUAUAUGCUGCUCACUAGCUGGAGUUCAACACUUAGUGCUGGGCUUCUGAUGCAUAUAUGAAUGUCAUUUACUUCCUGUGGAUAUUGCCAAUGGAUGCAGCCAGCCAGUUGCCUCCAGAAAGCAAAGGGUGACUGAAGUCCAGCUUGGGUGAAUGUUUAUGGAAAGGUUCUUAUGUUUUGAGCUGCUAUGGGUUUGACUAUAGUCUUACUUGUGUAUGUAUUUAUAUGUCUAUGUUAAUUUAACUCAUGUAUUAGAUGUUGAUAUGUAAGCAUGCAUAUGUUUUUAUGUAGUGUGUACAUAUAUCACUGCUGCAAGUCCUUGCACAGAACAAUGGCAGCUGAUGCUUCAGUGCCUCCCUGGGCUGAUGUUAGUGGUAUCUGUAGCAUCAGGAGAGGCAUCUGCUCCUGGCAGCAGAGGGCUGCCUGGCUGCGCAGAGGCUUGCAGCAGUGGGCUGCCACACUGUCAGAAGUGCUAUCUUGUGUCCAGCAUAGAACACAAGAGAUGGUGGCUUCUGAUCGCUGGCUGCUGUUUAGUUGUGCUGCUGCUGCUGUUUAGUUUGGCAGAGAUUCAUUGACAUUGGUAGGAUGAAAGUUUUUGUGUUUCUGUUGUUUUGAAUGUAUCUUUAUAUGCUUUCCCCUUAGAUGACUAUGUUCACAUUUCUAGCAAGCCCUGUGACCUCCAUUGCACCACUGUGGAUGGUCAGAGACAGUUAAUGGUUCAGGCUCGGGAUGGAACAUCCUGCAAAUACACUGAUUUCCGAGGGGUUUGCGUGUCUGGAAAAUGUGAGCCGAUUGGAUGCGAUGGCAUUCUCUUUUCCACCCACACCUUGGAUAAAUGUGGAGUUUGCCAAGGAGAUGGGAGCAGCUGCACUCACGUCACCGGCAGUUACCGGAAAGGAAAUGCUCAUCUGGUUUCCCAUAGGCUAUUCCCUGGUAACACACAUUCCUGCUGGAGCAAGGGAUAUCCAGAUAGUAGAGCGGAAAAAGUCUGCAGAUGUUCUGGCUGUGGCUGAUGAAGCUGGGUACUAUUUCUUCAAUGGGAACUACAAAGUUGACAGUCCAAAGAACUUCAACAUUGCAGGCACAGUGUUUAAGUACCGCAGGCCCAUGGAUGUUUAUGAGACUGGCAUAGAAUAUAUUGUUGCACAAGGACCGACAAAUCAAGGGUUAAAUAUAAUGGUCUGGAAUCAAAAUGGCAAGAAUCCAUCCAUCACAUUUGAAUACACCCUCCUGAGGAAGCCACACUCAAAAAAUCUGCAGCCCAUCUACUACACCUUCUCUGAGUCAGACAGCGAGGAAAGCAGAGAGUUCGAUGGAGAUGUGCCAUUGGGUUUUAUCCAGCACAAUGCAACCUAUUUUGGGAAAAUCUCCAGGGAAAGGAUAGACUUGGAGAACCAGGUGUUUGGAAGUCAGGACAUGGAGGAAGAUUUGAACUUGAGCAAAGGUCAGGAAACCAAUGAGGUCUAUGAAAGAGCAGAAACAAUUGACUGUGAGCCAAAACUGAAGGGCAAACAACCCCAAGAUUCAAACGUAACCAGGUCUACUUACCAGACAGACCAUGGCGACAGAGGCUUCGACCCCAGGUUCACCUCGAGGGAAUUCCUUUUGGAGAAUGCCAUCACGGACAAGCUGCGGGACAAGACCUCGGACUCCAAGGAGCUGAUGCUCAACAUGACCAUGAACAGCAUCUUUGCCCAGGGAGACCCAAUCAACUCUGUGGGGUCACAAAUUGACAGUCUUUAUGUUGACUAUGAGGACACUGAUGGUGGUGUGACCUACACCAGUAACAGCACUUACAUGGAGCUGAGCAACAGCAAAACUGGCAAUGCUUCUGCAGAGACACAGUUUUCAAAUGCCACUGUCACCAUGAGCAGCCCUCAAGGGAACAGAACUCACAAAGCAAGAAACAGAUUGAAGUUGUUAAGAAAGGGCCAAGGUGUGAGUGCUGCUGACAUGUACAGGUGGAAGCUUUCCUCCCAUGAACCCUGCAGCUCUACAUGCACCACAGGAGUGAUGUCCACAUAUGCGAUGUGUGUUCGCUAUGAUGGGAUCGAAGUGGAUGAUACAUACUGUGAUGCCAUGACCCGUCCCGAGCCCAUCCAUGAGUUCUGUGCUGGGAGAGAGUGCCAGCCAAGGUGGGAGACGAGCAGCUGGAGCGAGUGCUCCCGCACUUGCGGGGAGGGGUACCAGUUCCGCAUCGUCCGCUGCUGGAAGAUGAUCUCCCCGGGGUUCGACAGCUCCGUCUACAGCGACCUCUGCGAGUCCGCGGACAUCACGCGCCCGGAUGAGCGCAAGGUCUGCAGGAACCCGGCCUGCGGGCCGCAGUGGGAGAUGUCCGAGUGGUCCGAGUGCUCGGCGCGGUGCGGGGAGCGGAGCGUGGUGACACGGGACAUCCGCUGCUCGGAGGACGAGAAGCUGUGCGACGCCAGCACCCGGCCCCUGGCCGAGAAGAACUGCACGGGGCCGCCCUGCGACCGGCAAUGGACCGUCUCGGACUGGGGACCGUGCAGCGGUGGCUGUGGGCAGGGCAGGAUGAUCCGGCACGUGUACUGCAAGACCAGCGAUGGGCGCGUGGUGCCGGAGUCCCAGUGCAACCUGGAGACAAAGCCGCUGGCCAUCCACCCCUGCGGGGACAAGAACUGCCCCUCACACUGGCUGGCACAGGACUGGGAGCGGUGCAACACCACGUGCGGCCGGGGGGUGAAGAAGAGGAUCGUGCUCUGCCUGGAGAUCAUCAAUGGCAAGAUCAAGACCCGCAGCAGCAGCGACUGCGACGUGGCCAAAAAGCCUGUGGAGGAGACGACGUGCUUCGAGCGGCCAUGCUUUAAGUGGUACACGACCCCCUGGUCGGAGUGCACAAAAACCUGUGGCAUCGGUGUGAGGAUGCGGGAUGUGAAGUGCUACCAAGGGAAGGACAUUGUCCGAGGCUGUGACCCGCUGGUGAAGCCAGUGGGCAAGCAGACCUGUGACCUGCAGCCCUGCCCCACGGAGCCCCCAGACGACAGCUGCCAGGACCAGGCAGGAACCAACUGUGCUUUGGCCAUCAAAGUCAACCUCUGCAGCCACUGGUACUACAGCAAAGCCUGCUGCCGCUCCUGCCGCACACCCCACUCCUAGUGCCCAGCAGCACCGGGCUGCGCUUCCCACGGCAAGGGCUCCCUGUGCCAUUUAGUAAGCAGAACACACCCCACAGACUGGUGUUAAGGAGGCCUUUGGGUUGUUUGUCUUUCCCAUUGAUGCAGAACUACUCUCCUGGUCCCUCUCCUGUGUAAGGACCGGUGCUGGCAUGGCUUGGUUGCAAAGCUGUUACCUCUGUACAUUGGUACCCCCCAUUAUCAGAUCUGUACAUAAAGUCGUGUAUAUUUGAUUCCCCCGAACUGCAGACACAUGCAUGUGUUUCACAAGGUCUUGUCCUUUGAUUUCUUUCCUCUGUGCAAGUUUGGGGUUGACAAGGGGAAGGGGUGAACUCUGUGAAGUCCAAGUUUCCCUUCACCAAGGGGGUGAGUGCCUUUCUCCUAAUUUAUCGUGAGCCCUGCACUCUCGUUAGCUGCGUUAAUGUGGUGGAAGCCGAUGGUUGUUUGCUAAAUAAGCUCCAGCCCAAGCCCUUCUUCUGUAAUAUGUAGGUGUAUACUUUCUCAGAGAAUUUUAUCUUAUAAGCCAAUGUUAGUUCCAUAGUCCUUCCAACCCGCCCCAUAAUGCUGACAUAUUGUAUAUAAUAUGGAAACAUAACUGCACUUUAUAUCACAAAAAAAGACGUGCUCUUUUUUAAUAUAUUUGUUUACAGACAGUGAACUUUAUCCAUAUAAUCAUUAAUUUGUACUCAUAUGUAUAUUUUAAUAAAGUUGUCAUAUUUAUGGUGGUA